GCUAGUUACAGAUAAGGUUAUAUCAAAUUAUAUCACAUUCUUUUGGUUAAUAAGGAUAUUAUUUUAUUUAUCGUAUGACAAAACACGUUGAUUGAUUGAUACACACACAAUCGACUUUCUGAAGACUUUUAGACACUUAUUGUUGAAUUAAUCAACACAUUUAUUUGGCGUAUCAUUCCGUUCACAGCAAGUUUGUUACAUAUAUUUAGACGGGCUGUUGCCAGUCUAUUUUUACCACAUGUUAAACAUACGAGAUCGAUGGACCGGCAAAGUAUGUCGAUAUUAAUUUAUGUAUUUGUACUUUUGGCAAUUUUUACCGAUCAUUUAUGUGAGGAGCAAUUUUGUUCGGCAAAUAACGCAGAAUUCUGUAAAGGAAACGAGAUAGAUCGUCAGAAAGGAUCAUUUUACACGGAAGCAAUAAAUGAAAAAUAUAGGAAAUAUUUAGUGGCGAUCGAAAAAGCAGAGCAAAGUUACAAAGAAUGCAAUAACACGAAACAUGAUUGCUUUAAAGAUGUGAUUGUAAGAGAUCUAAAGCCUUUUAAAAUGAAAGGCAUAGGUGAAGAAAUGAUAGAAGCUGCUAAAACUAGGGGUACAUUUUAUCAAGUUAUCGAUGGUAAAUUAUAUCGAGAAAGAAAUUGUAUGUUUCCAGCCAGAUGUGCUGGAAUUGAACAUUUUUUAUUAAAGGUAAUUGGUAAUUUAUCAGACAUGGAUUUAAUUAUAAAUACCAGAGACUAUCCUCAAUCCAGUGAAUAUUUUGGAAAUGCCAUGCCUAUUUUUUCAUUUAGUAAGACACCACAAUAUCAUGAUAUUAUGUAUCCAGCAUGGGCAUUUUGGGAAGGUGGUCCAGCCAUUUCGUUGUAUCCCCGUGGUCUCGGCAGGUGGGAUCAACACCGUAAAUCAUUGAAUAAGGCGAGUUUGGAGAUUCCAUGGGAAAAGAAAAAGAGUAAAGCAUUCUUUCGUGGAUCUAGAACGAGUUCAGAACGUGAUAACUUGAUAUUACUAAGUCGCAAUAAAUCUCAUUUGGUGGAUGCUCGAUACACUAAGAAUCAAGCAUGGAAAUCCAAUGAGGACACUUUGCACAUGGCACCAGCAUUGGAGGUAUCUUUGGAAUCACAUUGCGCAUACAAAUAUUUAUUCAACUUCCGAGGUGUGGCAGCUUCGUUUCGGCACAAGCAUUUAUUUUUAUGCCGAUCAUUAGUAUUUCACGUCGGCGAAGAUUGGUUUGAAUUUUAUUAUCAUGCUAUGAAACCAUGGAUUCAUUAUAUACCUGUUUCUAAAAAUGCAGAUCAGAAAGAAUUGCAGGAUUUGAUUGAAUUUGCAAAGAACAAUGAUAAUGUAUCAAAAAAGAUUGCUUAUCGCGGAAGAGAUUUUAUAUGGAAUAAUUUGAAAAUGUCAGACAUUUUAUAUUUUUGGAAACAACUUCUUAAAAGUUAUGCUAAACUUUUGACAUAUAAACCAGUAUUAAAAAAAAUCUCAUAAACGUUGCAACAAAACAGUAAAUACAAUUGUGAUAAUUUGUAUAAUAUUGUACAUUGAGUUGCAUAAUAUCUUUUUGAGUAAUAACAACUAA